AUGACUAAAACACGGCGACGGAACGGUCAGACUAAUAUGGCUGUGCCAGAGGACGAAGAGUCUCUACUUCCAUCAAGUCAUUCGUAUCCAGCUGGAGUGUACAAUGAAACCCUUGUUAGACUGCGUUCAGGCGCACAUAAUCUCACUGGACCCUACGCUUUUCUCGGAGAUUAUGACUAUGACCUUGGAACUGAGGAACUAACGCUCAUGGGAGAACAGGAGCUAAUCCACUCGGGCAUCGACUUCUUCACCCGGUACGAGGCUCUAGCUACAGCUGACACACCUUUCAUCCGUGCUGGUGACCAGAAUCGCGUCGUAGAGUCUGCACGUAAAUGGGCCGAAGGCUUUCAUAAAGCUAAAGUCGCCAGUGGAGCUAUCAAGAACCUCGACUACCCAUACGGUAUCAUUGAGAUCUCCGAAGCCGAGGGGAUGAACAACACGCUCAAUCAUGGUCUUUGCGCCGCCUUUGAGGCCAACAAGACAGGUCUCGCCGCACAAGCCGAGUUCGGAGCAACCUUUCUACCAGAAAUUUCAGCCCGCUUGAAGCGCGAUAUAGGCACUUCAGACUUAACAGACACAGAUACCCUCUCGCUGAUGGAUCUUUGCCCUUACACUGUUGUGGCGGAAACUUCCUUUUCCUCCUCAUCCAUAAGGGGAGUCAAACGCUCUAUCUCAGGUGCCAACCCCCAAGCCAACCCUUUCUGCGCCCUUUUCAAUCUUCCUGAAUGGGAAAGUUAUGACUACUAUCAAUCUCUUGGGAAAUACUAUGGCUAUGGCGCCGGUUCCGAUUUGGGUCCUACCCAGGGCGUCGGUUUCGUCAACGAGCUUAUUGCUCGUCUAACCUCAAAAUCUGUGCAGGAUAGUACGAGCGUCAAUCAUACUCUAGAUUCUAACCCUAAGAUGUUCCCUCUUGGGAAAUCGCUGUACGCAGAUUUCAGUCACGAUAACGACAUGACAGCAGUCUUCUUCGCUUUGGGGCUGUUUGAAGGGAUGCCGCAAUUGAGGAAGGAUAGAAUCAUGAGUGUGGAGGAGAUGGAGGGAUAUACGGCAAGUAGAACUGUGCCGUUUGGUGGAAGAAUGGUGGUAGAGAAGAUGACUUGUGAGGGCGAGAAGGAAGAGAUGAUAAGAGUGAUUAUGAAUGGGAAGGUCAUGCCGCUAGUAUCAUGUAGUGGAGAUGAGUUCGGAAGGUGUGGACUUGGAGCUUUUGUGGAGAGUCUAGGCUUUGCAAAAGGUGGAGGAAGGUGGGACGAUUGCUUCACUGAGUCUGUGCGGACAACGACGAUAAGGAAACCAGGUUUGGAUGAGACAGCAUUGGCGUCGGCGCUGUAG